UCCCGCGCCGCUGCCGCCUAGUCCAGCAGAUCGUCUGCUCUCGCGCGUAGGGCUAGCCGACGCGACGCCAGAGCGCCCGGCCCCGCCGCCGCGGCCCCGGCAGUGUCUAGGGUGGAAACCAGGAGUCUACGUUUGACUGGAGGGAGACUGAUGGCUGCUGCCCUUCCAUAGUCAGGCUCACUUUAGUGUAAAGCCCCGGCUGCGGCUGCCGGUUACUUACCUCCUUUGUGGGCAGUGGAGGCCAGCUCCAAACCACCUGCUGAGGAUCCUGCUUAACCCAGCUUCCUCCCAGACCUGCCCUCCCCAAGUCCUGCUUUCCUGAGUGCUCUGUCUUGGACUCUACCCUGUGGAAUUGGAAAGUGGUGGUCUCCUUUGAGACGGUUUCAGGCCCCAUACCAUAGAGUACGGUUUAGCUGACAGCCUCUUCCAUUGUGACUCCCCCUUCACGGUGUCCUGCCCUGUGGGCUUCAGAGCCAUGGCCACGGAGGAGAAGAAGCCAGAGACAGAGGCUGCAAGAGCACAGCCCACUCCUUCCUCAUCAGCCACACAGAGCAAGCCCACACCAGUGAAGCCAAACUAUGCCCUGAAGUUCACCCUGGCUGGUCACACCAAAGCUGUGUCCUCUGUGAAGUUCAGCCCCAAUGGGGAAUGGCUGGCGAGUUCAUCUGCUGAUAAACUCAUUAAAAUUUGGGGAGCAUAUGACGGAAAGUUUGAGAAAACUAUAUCUGGUCACAAACUGGGAAUAUCUGAUGUAGCGUGGUCAUCAGAUUCUAAUCUCCUUGUGUCUGCCUCUGAUGAUAAAACUUUGAAGAUUUGGGACGUGAGUUCCGGGAAGUGUCUGAAGACCCUCAAGGGCCACAGUAACUACGUCUUCUGCUGCAACUUCAACCCCCAGUCCAACCUCAUCGUCUCAGGGUCUUUUGAUGAAAGUGUGAGGAUAUGGGACGUGAAGACGGGGAAGUGCCUCAAGACUCUGCCUGCCCAUUCGGACCCAGUCUCAGCCGUUCAUUUCAACCGUGAUGGAUCGUUGAUUGUUUCCAGUAGCUAUGAUGGCCUCUGCCGAAUCUGGGACACCGCCUCUGGCCAGUGUCUGAAGACACUCAUUGAUGAUGACAAUCCUCCAGUGUCCUUCGUGAAGUUCUCUCCAAAUGGCAAAUACAUCCUGGCUGCAACUUUGGACAACACACUGAAGCUCUGGGACUACAGCAAGGGGAAGUGCCUGAAGACAUACACUGGCCACAAGAAUGAGAAGUACUGCAUAUUUGCCAACUUCUCCGUGACAGGCGGGAAGUGGAUUGUGUCUGGUUCUGAAGAUAACCUGGUGUAUAUCUGGAAUCUGCAGACCAAGGAGAUUGUGCAGAAGUUGCAGGGUCACACAGAUGUUGUGAUUUCCACGGCUUGUCACCCGACAGAGAACAUCAUUGCUUCAGCAGCGUUAGAGAACGACAAAACAAUCAAACUGUGGAAGAGUGACUGCUAAGUCCUGGCUCCAUGGGAGACUUCAGGAAGCCACCCGGAUUGGCAAGAAACACAUGUGGGGCAGAGGCAUGGAGCCAGGCUGGGUUGACAGGCCUGUUAACCUCCUCUCUGAAGAUGUCGGGUCAGGGGAGUGCACACUACCGAGUCUUGAUAGCCACUGUGAUAUUUCUUGCCAAUUCUGUCUCUGCCUGGGGAAGUUCCUGGUCUGUUCUGUGCUCAGAGGCAACAAAUUUUUAAUUUUUUAUUACAAGAGUGAGUUCAGCUCCUCAUGGGUUGUUUUUCUCUGUGGUUGUUGUUUUUGGUAUUGUAUUGCCCAGUGCACACUGGAACAGGACCUACAGCCCUACUCCCAUUCCCUGCCUCCAGCCCUGGCCUGCUUGUUCAAUUUUCCUGCCUGUAAUAGUACCCAGCGUGCUUCCAUGAGUUUCUGGAAACACAGAAAGGUUGUAAGUUGUAUCUGUGUCAAGUCCCUUUGUUCUUUUGGAGUUCAUAGGUCAACACUGACCUCUCAGUGGUUGAAAUGUCUCCUUGUCUCACUGGUAUCACUCAGUAAGCCACACACACUGUAAUAAAAGGUGGGUAUGGACUGGGUGUGGCCCUGAGUUCUGACCAGAGCUCUUUGACACCUGGCUCUAUAAAGCCCUCCUCCCUUCCUGGCAGGAGUUGGAAAGGUCUCUGGGAGGAUGGAUCCUUGUUGUGCCUCUUCUCAGUGGCUGCUGUGGGUACUGAGUGUUUGGAGAGGAAGAACCUCAGAUGAGAAAGAGUGGAAGGAAGUCUUGGAAAGGCACCAUGUGUAGUGAGGUUCUGGACCUCUUUAUUCUGUGCAGGAGGGAGGAGUUCAAUAUGGUGCUUGACCCAGCAGGUACAGCUUCCUGCCUUGGCCUCUAAACCCACCACACUUCUCUUAUGUCCUUGGCCCCCGCCCCAAAUGGAUCCUCAGGUGACCAGGACUGGAAAGAGGUAAUGGCCAAACUCAGAACUACACAGCAUUUUCACAACUGCUGCUGGCUGAACCCAGGGUGACCUACCGUGGAGCAGACUGCAGAGGUUCUAGGAGUACAGACGGGUGGCUGAGGUUGCUGGGCACAGACAUGGGUGGAAAGGAGAUUCUGGGUUUGCUCUGGUUGCGGCAGCAACCAUCUGAGGCCAAUACUGAUGUGUAUUGAAGCCACAUCACCCAGAUCAGUAGCUGCUCUACUCUGCCUUUGCCAAGGCUUGUCCCCAGCUGUGGUCCUGAUAGCCCUUUCUCCCUCCAUCGUGCAUAAUAAGAAUCCAAAGGUGUUGGAAAAGGAACCCCAUACAUUGUCCCUUCUUUGAGGGAGAUGGUGUGCAAAUGGACUAUCACAUCGAAGAAGCCAUUGUUAAAGAGGGUGGCUUGUCACACUGACAUGGGCUCUGGGGCCCCUGGCGUCUGUUGGAUAGAUGUACCUGGGUUCUGGUCAAUGUUGUGGGCAUGUUGCUGGGGUUUCUGGAGGGUGGUGAGGUCCUUCCAGCUGUGGCCUGGUGUGCGGCCUCCUCCUGAGGGAGGGAGCUUGCUUGCCAUGGCAAGCACAGUAUCCCCGAGUAUAGUUUAUUUUUUCUACAGUUGAACUCUGUUGUAGAUUUAUGUAAAAAUACAUUCUCUUUUUAAAAAUAAAGAUUUUCAUGCCUUGUAA